GUAAGCUUAGCAGUCAGCAGCCCUGCUGGCUAGCAGCUGCUACUGGGUUCUUCAGAAAUUAUUUAGAAUUUUGGGGAUUGGAAAAAUAUAGUUGACAUUUUUAGGCAGUCAAAAAGAAAAACAGAGUGAGCCAAGAUGAUAGAAAGAAUGUUAUAAGUCAAGGGAAAGUGAAUGCUGGAGGGAGCAUUGGCUCAGCUUUUAAAAGUGAUGACUCUGGAUGAAAUAAUAAACUUAGUAUUGUUAAUAUAUUGAGCACGCAAGGUGAUUCUUCCUCAAAUGGAACUCAUUUUGGAGAUAGAAAAUACAGCACUACUACAAAGAUCAAAUCUAAUUCCAUCUCUAGUGGAAGUAAUGAGAGGACUUCAAUGAAGAAAGCUAAGAAAGGAUCAAGUGAACCUAAAAUUCAGGUGAAACCUAAAGAGCCAGUAUGAAAAAUUGAUGAAAGCAAGAAACCAGAAUUUUACCAAAGAAUGAAGAACGAUCAUAGUCGGAAUCUCUGCCACCAACAAAACAACCAUCAUCGAUACAAAAUGUACAGCUCAUCUGAGAGGGAACACGAAGAGGUGCCUGCAAAUUUCUCUUCUAAGAUCACAGAGAAGCUAAAGAUUGCGAAAAAGCAAGUAAAAGAUAUCCUCAGUAAAUCCAGAGCUAAAGCUACUAACAUAAACCCAGCUAACAUUAAAAGUAGUGGCCCCUUGUUGAAGAAGAGCCGUGGUCGUUCAAAUAAAAGUGGGCAGUUAUCAAAUAGGAACUCCAGCAAUGAAGGAGUAGGCAUUGGCACUAUCAAGAUCAAGAAGAAUUCUCAGCAAACAAUAAAAUUUAAUAAGAAAAAGAUUCAGUUUGUUCGACAACAUUCACAGAACAAUAAGAGGACUAGAAGCCUGAGUAAUAACCCUAAGAUGUUUGGCUCUAAGAAGUCUGAUGAAAGUGGGAAUACAAAUAAUGACGCUGACGACCACUCCUCAGGCAGCAAGAAGGUCUCUACUAAGGUAGAAAGGCACCAGAAUUGGAAAGUUAAUGGCAAUAAAUAAUGAAAAGAUAGGAGCAAUUGCAUCUAUCUCUAAGUAUAGCACUCCUGGGAACUUUCCAGCUGAUAAUUUUCAAGCUUGCAAAUUGGCUAAAGAAAAUAGAAACUGUGAGGCUGACAAUCAUCUGGUGAAUAAAGAUGGAAAUCCAAUCUCUCCUACUAGUACAAAAUCUUUGAUAGAGAAUGACAAUACUCAUGCUGAGAGUAACUCGAAAGAUGCUGAAAAAUCCAAGAGCAAUAUUUUAUCAAUGACAAUGAAGAAGAAAGAAGGGAAAGCUACUAAGAAUUCUGGAACUAUUGAUGCAAGUAGCUAUAACACCUUGAUUUCACACCAGAGCAAGUCAUUUUCCAACAUUAAGAAUGAAAAGUCAGGAGGCUCCAUUAUUGACAGGAAGGCUAUAGCAAUUAGCAGUAAGGAAGACUCUUCUGGCUUGAUCAAAACUACCAAAAGGUAUAAAGCACCUCAGGAAGUACAGAGAAAGGAAAAGCACUCAGAGAUCCAUGUGAAUAAUGAAAUAGCAAAAGGGUACAACCUUGGGUUCAACUAUAAACGAAGCUCUAUCAAAUCAAAUGACUCUGAAGAUAUUCUUAAAUCCCCAAUGACUCAGGGGAGUGACAAGUGCUACCUUGAUACUUUUAGCAAGACUGAUAAACAAAGCGAAGAAAAAUCCAAGAAAGAAUACUCUGAGAAGCAUAAUAUGCAUGACUCAUUAAAAUUUGAACACAACAAUUACUUUGUAACUGAGAAAUAUAACUUGGCUAAUGAAUUCCGAGACAAGAGGUAUUCCACGCAGCCCGAUACAAACUUCUCGGAGCCAAAGAAGUCUAAGAGAGAUCGGCAACUAAAGUCGCCUAACUAUGAUUGCAAUCAUAUCCAAGAGGGGAUGAGUCUGCAUAGCUUCUCAUCAAGAACUAUUGAGGAAGGAAGUAGCUCAAAACAAAUCUUCUUCGAUAAUAAAAUUCAUAUGAGUAAAGAAACCAGGAAGAAGAUUCGAAUGGAAAUUAAGCCUGAAUUUGAAGGUGCUGCUAAAAACCGUAAACCUGUGUUUAAGGACUAUGCCAAGAACGAAGCUGUCCUUACAAGUAAAGGACAGAGGAAGAAGCAAGGCAGAGGCUCUAAGAUCUCCAACUCUGUGUCUGAAUCAAGCACGAUGUUAAAUAACAGUUUUCAAAAUCGAGAAAAUUUAAAAGAGAGGCAUAAAAAUCGUCAGAUUUCUAGCGCUUCUUCAUUUCAGAGAUGAAAAUCUGGAAGUAAAACUUCUUAUGAGAGGGUAAAUUCCAAACCAAAGGUUGUGCAGGAAUAUAAAGAGAGAUCUCAAGGCUCUCAUACCUCAAAUAACAGAGAAGUUGUGCAUCAGGAGAAGCAACCUCGAGAAGUUAUGUACACCCAUACAUCUAAGGCAAUUGAUGAAACUUUGAGUUCCAUUUAUAGCACCAUUGAAGAAAACUCAGUUUGUAAUAAAAGGCAUGAUAUCUCAGUUGUGGAAGCUGACGGUAUUCUUGACCAAAUCAACAGCAGAAUGAUGAAGCUCCAUUUUGAAAUGAUCUAUAAAAACUUGGAUAAGGAAGAAGGAAAAUGAGAAGACUUUUCAUUUGAAAUUGACAAUACAAAUAAUAUGUUGGUACCCAAGAAUUCAAAUGCUCCUAUAAAAACAAAAAAUUUCAUCCAGUUGCCAAAUCGUGAAGAUUUGUAUGUCGAACAGGAAGGGUCUGAUGGAAAUCCACAAUGGGUUGCAGAUACCCAGACUAUCAGAAUUUUUCCAACUAGUCCAACAAGAAGGCAAAAUGCUUCGAUCUCGUCUCCAUUUACUUCACCUGAAACAAACCCUAGGUCUCCCAACGGGACUUCAGUGAUGAGCCCUAAUACAGGACCAAAGAGUAGUUCCUCAAAAGUGGCUGAUCCCAGAGUCAAGACCUCCAUGUAUAAGUAUCAGUGCAGCUCAAGCCAUUAUUAUGAAAACAGUUUGUUUGUAGAAAAACCAACACUAAAGAAGGACCAGAUUAUGGUUGAAAUUAAUGAUCAUGAGGACAACACUAAGGAUAAAAAUGAUGAUCUUGAAAUUGAGCGAGAGUUAGAAUACUCGCAGAAUUUCAUAUAUCUUAAUGAUUCCUCUAGCCAGAUAGAGAGAAGUUUCGAGUCGAAGAAUUCAGAGGGAACAGACUCUAUAAAUCCUAAUAAUUACUCUUUCAUCAGCGGAGUUUCCAACUUUGUCAAGCAAGGUAAGGAGAAAAGAUUCAUGAGCUUCUUACGAGAGAAGAUUCAUGUAUUAGAGGAGAAGACAAUCUGUCUUUACCCAAGUCUCAGUACACAAAACCAGUUAAAGCAUUAUAAACCAAGCCAUUUUGCUAUCAACUAUAAACAGCCAAAAGGCCCUGAGCUAGAGUAUUUUAAAUUUUAA